AACCAUUCGUGUGUUAGACUUUUGUCUUCACACGGCUUGUUUACGAUACCGUUCAAAAUAAUGAGUGUUUACCUGGCUGUGCUUGUAGUUUUGUCCUGUUCGAUUUGGAUCGGAUGGAUUUAUUACCGACACCGGCGAACUCUGGCGAAGACUUUGAGACAUUUGACGAACGUGUCGUCGGGCAGAGAGGCAGAUGAUGUCAGAGCUCUGCUCGUCACUGCGCAUCCGGAUGAUGAGUGCAUGUUCUUCGCGCCAACCAUCCUGCGGCUCGUGGAGUCAAACGCCAGCGUUCACGUGCUGUGUCUGUCCGCAGGAAACUACUACAAUCAAGGAGCUCAGCGUAAACAAGAACUUCUCCACAGCUGUGCCGUGUUGGGGAUACCAGACUCCAGAAUCACCAUAGUAGACCAUAAAAAACUUCCAGACGAUCCCAAAGCAGAAUGGAGCAUCUCAUUGGUUUCUUCUCUAAUUGUGAACCACAUAAGAGCUCACUCCUUCAACAUGGUGCUGACCUUCGAUGGAAGAGGAGUGAGUGGCCAUGCCAAUCACAUAGCCAUCCAUAAAGCUGUCAGCCAUCUCGCUUCCACUGGACAAGUGCCCAAUGACUGCUGCUUGCUCUCCCUGGUGACUGUUGGCCUCUUCAGGAAGUACAUCUCCUUCCUGGAGCUCCCCCUCAGCUGGCUGCUGCCCUCAUGUCUCCGCUGUUUUAUAGGCUCACGGGGCUACAGGCAAGCCAAAGAGGCCAUGUUUUGCCAUCGCACUCAACUCCUGUGGUUCCGUUACCUCUACAUCUUCUUUUCUCGGUACAUGUUCGUAAACACAUUCCAAAUGAUCCCACAAGGCCCAAAGAACUUGAAGAUUUAUUAAGUUUAUCUCGUCCAGGUGCACUGUUUGUUACUGCGUUCGGUUUACUCGCUGCCUAACUGCUCGAAUUACUGUGAUAGGAGUGAAUUUAGUAGCUGUUAAGCUGUUUUGCUCACAAUGAUUGAAGAUUUCUUUAACACUGUAUCAGCUAAAGUAUCUUGAAUGUUUUCUGUAUGCACUUUCCUUACAUAAGGCUGACAUUAACUUUGAAAUGACAACAACAGGAACGCCUUUUUUCUACGGAAACAUCUUUUAUUGUUUUCAGUCUUUACACUGUAUAAAAACACUACAGUUUGAAUUUUUAUCUUAUACUUAAAAAGAUUGUUUAAAAUCCUGUGCAGUAUUUCUGUUAUACUGCUGAUUAAAGUUUGAUUCUUGUAU